AGUGGUUCUAUUUAGUCAGCUGAGCUCAGGUCAGUUUUGAGUGGUUUUGUAGUUUCGAGUCACUAAAUGGCUAUGAAACGGUCAUGCUUUGUGUGGAGAACGUAUGUUCCAUUCCGAAUGGGAACUCGACUUUGCAAUUAUAGCGCGUGAAGGCGAGCCUGAACUAGGCGUGCAAGCACGUUCCUUAUCUGUAAGCGGUCAGUCAUCAGGUGAAAUCAGACCACUCUGUUCUGCAGACAUGCCACAUGUUCUCUGUCUCCUGCUCUUCGUGCUGUCCUGCACCAAUUCUGUGACCUGCUCGCUGAUAUUCGCCACAACGGGCAAGGACGUCACACUCCGCUGCCAGUGUUCCAAGAACCGGAACUGUCACGAGGAGGUUAUCCGCUGGGUUCGAAUGGACUCGAAUGAAUCACUGCAAAUUAUCGAUAAUAAAUGUGAGCAAUCGCACUGCCGAUUCGCCAGCAAAACAUUAAAUGGCACUCACGUUGUACUCCUGACGAUUGCUCAGGUUGAACCAGGGGAUUCUGGUCGAUAUUACUGCGUAGAGCACUACAAACGCGACAUCCAAUUUAACGACAACGGAACCCUUUUAAUGGUCGGAGAUGUCUGGACAGACAGCAGUGAAGUAGAUUUGCUGAAUGAAUGGACGGGUGAGGGUGGAAGCCCAGAGCUGGAUUGGAGUGAAGCUCAAACACCAAACAGUAGUCAAGAGUUUAUAUCUAAAUGGAGGUAUGAGACUAAAGAGAGUGCCCUUCUGGAUGUACGGCACACUGAGUUGCGCUGUGUAGUGACCAGACUCAGUGCCCCCUGGGUAAAUAUCUACUGGCAGUCGACCCGCGAAUCAUGGGAAAAAACUGGCCAGACCUGGUCUUUGACAGACACCGAGAGAGGGUACAGGGUAGAGAGCCAGUUGCGAAUUGGACUAAAAGUGAAGUCUGACUGGGAGGAUGAGGAUGAGGAUGAGUAUGAGUACGAGCACGAGUACGGGUACCCAGAUUAUAUACUUAAGGAGAUGGAUUUUGAUAAGAUGGUGGAAAUGGAUGAAGAAUUGUGGUGUGAGGUCCAGGUUGGGGUGAAUGUCUCUGUUCAGAGCCCAAAGUUUUCAUUCCGUCAGCAAGGCCAUACUGACUCUGAAUGGUGCAAUGGAGUCCUAUAUGGUGAAAUAGCCUUUUGUGUGCUCUGUGUGUGCCUUCUCACCCUGCUCAUCUGUCACUGUCUCCGCCACCAGCACAAAGGUUCAGAACCGCCAGCGACCGAAAUGUCAACAACAUUGGACUCUUGCAGAGAUGUUGUCUUUUCAGACAUGAACUAUGCCCGUCUGGAUUUAAAGAAUCAACCCAAGACAGAGAGAAGACAAAGACAGAAGAGCAGACAGGAAAACAGUCAUGAAGACGGACUGGUGUACAGCGAAGUGGGACACAAACAUGUUUGAAGAUUACAGCAUGGGUUAAAGAUGGAAAGAGACAUUCACAUGCCUUCAGAAGAAGAAAUACAGAAAGUCUCACUGAUACUACAGGAACUCCCCAGGGAAAAAGGACAGAAAGGCAAACAAAGACAGGCAGAUCUGUACAGUCAUUUAGGUUUUGAAUAUCUUGUGUUUGUCUCUCAGUGUAAACUUGCAGUGUUUGUGAUUUUUUUCAGACCUCCUAAUUUUGGGGAUGCAUUAACAGAAAUGCAUGUGUCUAUAAGAGCAGUGCUUCCUAAAGAAUUAUUUUGACCUAUGAUCUAUCACUUGAAGAUCUUUUUUUCUGCAGCAUACCAAAAUGAUACAAUGAAUAUGCUACUUGUCGCAAUGUUGCCUUAUUAUCCUGCUGAUCAAUGAGAAAUGCGCGAAAUGUGCUGAAUUUAUCUAAAGUGAACUGUUUGGUCAAUUACUUUUUUUACUUAGCUCAUGUUUUAUGCAAUGAAUUAGUCAUUUAAAAUUUUCAUGUUUUUUUUCUCACCCCAAAAUAAAUUCCUGUGACGCUAA